AUGGCCCCCUCAGCCAUCGACUACACCAACGGCACCCUGCCCAACGACCUCUCCAGCUACCGCGGCUACGACCACGUCCACUGGUAUGUGGGCAACGCCAAGCAGGCCGCGUCAUACUACGUGACGCGCAUGGGCUUCGAGCGCAUCGCCUACCGCGGUCUCGAGACAGGCUGCCGGAGCGUGUGCUCGCACGUCGUGCGCAACGGCGACAUCACCUUCGUGCUGACCUCGCCUUUGCGUUCGCUGAACCAGCUCGACCGCGUCGCAAGUCCCGAGGAGCGGGAGCUGCUGAGGGAGAUCCACGAGCAUCUGCAGCGCCAUGGCGAUGGCGUCAAGGACGUCGCGUUCGAGGUCGACUCGGUGGACGCCGUGUUUGGCGCGGCUGUGAAGAACGGCGCGAAGGUUGUCUCGGAGCCGAAAGUCCUCGAGGAUGAGGAUGGUCAGGUCAAGGUCGCCACGAUCCAGACGUACGGCGACACGACGCAUACGCUGGUUGAGCGUAAAUCCUAUAAAGGAGGAUUCUUUCCCGGGUAUCGCAUGGAGACGCAGUCCAAGGACCCCGUCUCGAGUCUGCUGCCGGGCGUGCAGCUGAAGAAGAUUGAUCAUUUUACGAAAAAGCCCUUGGCUUCCACCGGUUCUGGUCCGUGGACGACAAGGACAUCUGCACGGCAAAAACAAUCCCAAAUCGAAGAAUACAUCGACUUCUACGACGGUCCGGGCGUGCAGCACAUUGCGCUUUUGACGGACAACAUUGUGCGGGACAUCGCUGCCAUGCGUGCGCGGGGCGUGGAAUUCAUUAAGGUUCCCUCCACGUACUACGAGGAUAUGAAGGUUCGGCUGAAAAAAGCGGGGAUGGUCCUGGAGGAGGAUUUUGAGACGUUGAAAAGUCUUGAUAUUCUGAUUGAUUUUGAUGAGAAUGGGUAUUUGCUGCAGCUUUUCACGAAGCACCUCAUGGACCGUCCAACCGUCUUCAUCGAGAUCAUCCAGCGUCACAACUUUAAUGGCUUUGGCGCGGGCAAUUUCAAGUCCCUUUUCGAGGCGAUUGAGCGGGAGCAGGCUUUGAGGGGGAAUUUGUCCAUUAUUCGAACACCUUUAUUAAAAGUUUUUUCGCUAUUUAAGGAUUUGAGGCAUUCUACAUCUGUAAACCCUACGACUGGCUAUUGUCAACAUGUCUGGGCAAAUGACAUGACGAUGGCAAGAAAAUCGCAACUAUUGAAUCGACGCCUACGCCCACGCCACGCCACGCCACGCCACGCCACGCCCACAUCACAAAAGAUCACUCAGAAAGACAAAUCCUCCAACGACUAA